AUGUCAUUAGGGAUUGACUCCGACUAUGAAGAUCACGACGAGCACGAAGGAGGUCAUGAAACGCCUCCACUGCCGGAAGAUCGUAGUUUCUACGCCGUCUACGAAUCUAAAGAGGUAUUGGGAAGAGGCCUGGCUUCUACUGUGCGGAAGUGUGUUGAGAAAUCCACAGGACAGUCGUUUGCUGUUAAGAUAGUGGAUGUAUCUACAGAGAAGCAGUCGGAGCACGAAGCGUGUCGCUUGAGGGAUGAGACUAUAUCAGAGGUUGAGAUUCUACGGCAAUUAUCUCAUCAUCCGUCGAUCAUUACUAUACAUGAUUUCUACUCUACUCCUUCUUUUCUAUUCGCUGUUUUUGAAAUGGCACCGAAAGGAGAGCUAUUCGACCAACUGAACAGCACUGUUACGGUUUCGGAAAAAAAGGCACGCCGUCUGAUGCGGCAACUGUUUGAUGGCGUAGCCUAUAUGCAUAGCCGAGACAUUGUGCAUCGUGACUUGAAACUCGAAAACAUUUUGUGUAUUGAUGAUGAAAGGAUCGUUAUAUCAGACUUCGGCUUUGCAACACGACUUAGGAAGAACGAAACACUUAGAGAAUUAUGUGGGACACCUGGCUAUUUGUCGCCAGAGAUAUUGAGAUGUCAGAUGUAUGAAGACGCUCCUGGAUACUCUCAUCCUGUUGAUGAAUGGGCCCUUGGAGUGAUAAUGUACACCCUGUUGGCAGGCUAUGCCCCAUUUUAUCAUCGAAGGCAGCUUAUAAUGAUGCGAAUGAUUCAAGAAGGGCGAUACGAGUUUCGAGCAGAGCAGUGGUCUACAAUCACGCAAGAAGCAAAAGACGUGAUAUCCGGUUUAUUAACAGUUCCUGUUAAACAACGGUUAACUUCGCAACAAUGUUUGGCAAUGCCUUGGAUGAAUCCCGCUGCUGAAGUCUAUAACAAACAAGACAUGAGGAAACUAUUCAAACAGGCAAUCGUGCUGGUGCGCUUCUUCUGUCGCCUUCAAAAGUACAAAUACUUGAAAACAGUUGUUGACCGUGAAUCCCUCCGGAAGCGUCCGUUUCGUGAUCGUGAUAUACGACACGAGGCUGAAUCAGCAAUGUUUUCGGUGUACGGUCACUGGGUCAAUCGCGGUUUCUACUAUUCUCGAGAUAUGCUGUUUGCCAAUCGCCCUCGUCCGAAAUACAAGAAAGUUGAGCCAUAG